AUGCCUCCCAAGAAGAAGGUUGCCGACGACAAGACCUUUGGUAUGAAGAACAAGAACAAGUCUUCGAAGGUCCAGAAGUAUGUUCAGCAGGUCCAGCAGCAGCAGGCCCAGGCCGGAAAGAACAAGCAGGAGAUCGCGAAGCAGAAGGAGGCCGAGGCUAGGAAGAAGCAGAAGGAGGCUGAGGCCGCCAAGAAGAAGAUGGACGCCCAGCUCUUCGCGACUGCCCAGGUCCAGAAGGUUCCCUUCGGAACUGGAAACAAAUGCAAGUUCUCGCACGACCCCAACGUUGGACGUAAGGCCGAGAAGGUCAACAUCUACGAGGAUGCUCGUGAGGACAAGAACACCGACACGAUGGACAAGUGGGACGACGAGAAGCUGCGGGAGGUCAUUACCCAGAACGGACGGAAGCAGAAGACGACCACGGACAUUGUGUGCAAGUACUUCAUCCAGGCCAUCGAGGACUCGAAGUACGGAUGGUUCUGGAUCUGUCCGAAUGGCGGUGACACGUGCAUGUACCGACAUGCGCUUCCUCCGGGCUUCGUGCUGAAGAAGGACCGCAAGAAGGAGGAGAAGGAGACGAUCUCGCUGGAGGAGUUCGUCGAGGUCGAGCGCCACAAGCUCAAGCCUCCUCUCACGCCCGUCACGCCCGAGACCUUCGCCGCCUGGAAGAAGAGCAGGAUAGAGAAGAAAGAGGCCGAGUCGCAGGCGAUGGAGAAGGCCAAGGCCACCGCCCGUGCUGCCGGCAAGCUCACUGGCAUGACUGGAAAGGACAUGUUCGAGUUUGGUGGCGAGCUCUACGCCGAGGCCGAGGAGGACGCCGCCGAGGAGGAGUGGGACAUUUCCCGAAUGCUCGCUCGUUAUGCUGAGGAGGAGGCUGAGCGGGAGAAGGAGGCUGAGGACAAGGCUAAGGCCGAUGCGCUUGCUGCCGGCAUGGAGGGAGUCGCGGUGUAA